UAUUAUGCGUGAUCUGUAUUCUGUAAUAUGCAGUAAUCGCAGUGAUAUUCAAUAAACGUUAAAUACGUAAAUUAUUUUAGGAAACGAAAGAAUUACAUGUUAGAAAAUGGUUGAUCCUAUAUUUGAUUACCAGUUUAGGCUUAUUCUAAUCGGCGACAGCACAGUGGGGAAGAGCUCUCUGCUAAAGUAUUUUACAGAUGGAAAAUUCGCAGAGUUGUCGGAUCCCACUGUUGGUGUUGAUUUCUUCGCGCGAAUAAUCGAAGUGCAAGAUGGAACGCGAAUUAAACUGCAGCUUUGGGACACUGCUGGACAAGAGAGAUUCAGAUCAAUAACGAAAUCAUAUUAUAGGAAUUCAGUAGGUGCCCUCCUAGUGUACGAUGUGUGUAAUAGAUCAAGUUUCGAACACAUACCCUUGUGGAUGAUGGAGGCAAAACGACAUAUAGAGCCCCACAGACCAGUGUUUGCUCUUGUGGGCUGUAAGAUAGAUCUGGUUGGGACAGAUAACAAAAGUGGUGCAAGGAGGGAGGUCUCAUGUGAAGAAGCUAGAAUGUUUGCUGAAGAAAAUGGUUUACAUCACGUAGAAACGUCAGCGAAAACAGGCCUAAACGUCGAACAGGCUUUCAUACUAGUUGCUCAAGAGGUAUACAAUCGUAUACAAACUGGUGAAUACAAGGUAGAGGACGGGUGGGACGGCAUCAAGACGGGCUUCAACCGACCUAACGGCAUGGACUUUAAUUUGCUAGAGGCAGAAACGGUGCAGUCAACUUGCUGUUAAGUUUGUAUGUCAAAAUAAACAGGGUUGCCGUUUUAAUAAUGUUUGGGUGGCCUUACUUGCAACGUUUUGUACUAAAAUUUUUAUUCAAUAUGGUAUGUAUUUUUAAGGUUGAGUAUAAGAUUAAUAUCGGGUUUUGAGUUGGUUUUGAUUUAUGUGAAAAAAUGGAAAAAUAAGUUAUCAACGGCAACCCUUGUAAUUUAUAUAAUCAUAAAUUAACCGCAAGAAAUGUAGAUAUGAUGCACAGUAAUGUUAAAAUAGUGUAUAUUAUAGUACAUAUAUUAUAAUUAGAUUUCAUUCUAAUCAACUAAUUUUAUUUUAAUACUAAUUAUUGUUUUAUAUGAGAAUUAAGUACUAAAUGAUUCAAUAGGCAAAAAAUAUGCUUCUCUUUAAAAUUGCACAAAUAAUUUAUUAUGCUCAUAAAUCACAUGUCUGAAAAUGUUUGGAAAUUAUAACACUAUUUCGCUCUUACAUAUAAAUUACUUACAAUAGUAGAAAGAGAUAGCAAGAACAAUCUGCCAUUAGUUGUAUUUGCAUACAAGAAAUUAUUCUAACAAAUUUGUUAAAAUAGUGCCAAUAAACUGAAAAUUUUGCACUUUUCUAUUUUAUGUACAUAAUUUUUACUUAGCACUUAUACAUAAUCCCAACAAUACAGCCAAAGAGUUGGAUCUUUUGUUAUUUAUUUUUAUUACACGAUUUUUAAAUUUAAGUUAACAUAUACUAACAAAAUCUACAAAGUGUAGUGAAAAAAAUUGUACCUGCAAAAUAACAAUUUGUAUUGUAUAGUAUAAUCUUUAAGAGUACUGUUGUUGUUGAUGAAACAUACAUACUUUUGUAAAAGUUACAUAAAAUCAAUUUCAGAGUCUUUAAAAUGGCAAUGUAAUAAAAUAUUAUAUUCUGGCAACAUGUUAUGGAUUUGUUUCGUAAUUUUUCAAACCUCCAAAAAUGUUUUUAUAUUAUUAAAUAAUUAAUAAACGAUGCUAAGUUUUAGAAACAUUUCAAUGCAAAAUAUUUAUUGUAUUUGUAUCUGAAACUGUGAUGACAUUAGAAAAAUACAAUGUGGCAUUUAACAUUAUACGUUAUUAUAAAA